UCUGAAGUCUGAAAAAACGUGUAAACCUUUGCUCGCGAAGACGCCAUUUUUUGCAGUGUUCCGCUCCCCAUCUUGUUCAUUUAACUAAAUUUCUUCUACAAAUCAAAUUGCGGUUUUUAAGUCUUGAAGAAUCCAACCCUUUUAGGCGAGACCAAAAAAAAAUAGGCGCUGCUAAUUCUUCGUUUUUCCUAUUCAUUCAUAUGUAUACAUGUUCACAUACUUUUUAGCCGGCAGAGAAGGCAAAGAGGAGCUGGGACUUUCAAUUACAGGGUCAUCAUUGGUGAAAAUAAUUGAAUCUUGGGAACUGCUGUCCGAUUUUCUAGUGGCUUUUAAGUUUGUAUUCUGCCCGCAAAGGUAUUUCAAACGAGUAGGGUAAAGUUGUCAUGCUGAAUGUUGCUCCCAGCUGGUGGGGUUGGAAUGAGUUCUGCAAUGGAUGAUAUGAACUUGAUCCAGCAGGCUCAAAGACAUCAACUUGUGGUCAGGGAGCUGGGAGAAGAGAUUGAUUUGGAAAUAGGACCUGGGGAGGAUGAUCCUGCGUUUGACCAUAAUCCUCUUAUGGGUGUUCAAGCACGAGAAUCUUCGGCUGAAGAGCAUGACAAUAAGCAGAUGGUGGCUUCUCAACCACCCACUGAGGAUCAGGACAUGACAAAGACACAGCAGGUGAAAAGGAAAAAGAAAGUUGUAAAGAGGUGGAGAGAGGAGUGGGCUGACACUUAUAAGUGGGCUUAUGUUGAUUUGAAAGAUGGGACAGCAAGAAUAUUCUGUUCUGUUUGCCGAGAAUAUGGUCGAAAGCAUAGAAGGAAUCCGUAUGGCAAUGAAGGCAGUAGAAAUAUGCAAAUGAGUGCAUUAGAGGAGCAUAAUAACAGCUUACUUCACAAAGAGGCUCUUCGCCUCCAGAUGGCCUCCAAGGAUAAGAUUAUUGUUGAAAAACCAAUAUAUGUGAAAGCUCUUAUGUCGAAGACAGCUGGAUCAAUUGUUGAAGCUGCAUUGAAAAGGGAUCCUCAUGAGCCUGAGUUCAUACAGUCUGUUCAAGAGGUUGUUCAUGCUUUGGAAAGAGUAAUAUCAAAAAACUCCAAUUAUGUCAACACUAUGGAGCGGCUGUUAGAACCUGAGCGUACAAUCAUUUUUCGAGUUCCAUGGAUUGAUGAUAGGGGUGAGACGCAUGUCAACCGUGGAUUUCGAGUUCACUUUAACCAGACUCUGGGUCCAUGUAGGGGUGGUCUCCGGUUUCAUCCGUCUAUGAACUUGGGCAUUGCUAAGUUUCUUAGUUUUGAACAGACUUUGAAGAAUGCUCUGUCUCCAUACCGACUUGGAGGCUCUUCUGGUGGAACUGAUUUUGAUCCGAGUGGGAAAACUGACAGUGAGAUCAUGAGAUUCUGUCAGAGUUUUAUGAAUGAGUUGUACCGCUAUUUGGGUCCUGACAAGGAUCUUCCUUCAGAGGAGAUGGGUGUUGGUACCCGUGAAAUGGGUUAUCUUUAUGGACAAUAUCGACGCCUGGCUGGUCACUCUCAGGGGAGUUUUACAGGGCCCAGGGUGAACUGGUCUGGAUCUAGCCUGAGAACAGAGGCUACUGGCUAUGGAUUGGUUUUUUUUGCACAACUUAUCCUGGCGGACAUGAAUAAAGAACUCAAAGGAUUAAGGUGUGUAGUUAGUGGUUCUGGGAAAAUUGCAAUGCAUGUUCUGGAGAAGCUUAUAGCUUAUGGUGCUCUUCCAAUCACGGUAUCAGAUUCUAAGGGUUAUUUGGUGGAUGAAGAUGGAUUUGACUUCAUGAAAAUAUCCUUUUUAAGAGAUAUUAAAGCACAGCACAGAAGUUUGAGAGACUACUCAAAAACUUAUGCUCGCUCAAAAUUCUAUGACCAAGCAAAGCCUUGGAAUGAAAGGUGUGAUGUUGCAUUUCCUUGUGCUUCCCAGAAUGAACUGGAUCAAUCUGAUGCCAUUAACUUGGUAAAUUCAGGCUGUCGUAUAGUUAUAGAAGGUUCAAACAUGCCCUGCACUCCUGAGGCAGUUGAUGUUCUCAGGAAAGCGAAUGUCCUAGUUGCUCCUUCCAUGGCUACUGGUGUUGGCGGGGUUGUGGCGGGUGAACUGGAAUUGAAAGAGUGUAACUUGAACUGGUCACCUGAAGAAUUUGAGUCUAAACUGCAAGAAGCGAUGAAACAGACGUACCAAAGAGUCUUGAAAGCAGCAUCUGACUUUGGUUAUCAGAAAGAGAGUCCAGAGACAUUGGGGCAUGGUGCGGUCAUAUCUGCUUUUCUAACAAUUGCCAACAGCAUGGCAGAUCAAGGGUGUGUAUAGAAGGAUUAAGCAGCCUAAUUGCAUACUCUUUGAGAUGGUUUCUUCCUUGGUUCUAUCUCAAAAUGAGCUUGAGAUUUACAUCGUUCAGCACGAAUUAACAGGGAACUUUGUUGAUGCUUCAGCAGUGUUACGUAUCCUUUCAGAUUUUUUAAUGCCAUAUAUGGUAUUAUGCUCAAAAGAGUGGAGAUCUAUUUGUAAAAUAGAUGUACGUGAAGGUAGUUUUAGGUUGGGGACGUGUAGUUUUAAGUAGGCGUGUGAUUUAGUUAAAAAAGGGACAACGAUUUUGGGGUUUUCUUGAUGUUUAUAUGAUUGUUUCGAACUUGUAAAUUAUGUGGUUAUUAGUCCUGAAUAUUAGCCUGUAAAUGAAAUAUGGUCAAGGACAUGGACCAAGUUCUUGUUUCUACAAAACUGGUUAAGUUUGGUGCAAAAUUUUCUGUAUUUGAUACAAGACAUGAUUGUUGUUAGGUCCC